AUGCGCCACGAAGUAAAGUGCUUAUAGACCAGUCUUUUGGAUACGUUCCCGUUCCAAAUUGACUUAAACCCAAAAUAAAUCGAUGCAAAUCGUUUUAUUAUUAGAUCCUUUGAGGGUGACCCUGGGUUCGAUAACUUGAUUAAUUUCGAAAGCAUUAUCAAUUAUUGA